AUGGCACCUAAGCUGGAUUUUGCCAAGUAUGAAAUUAAAAUGAUAGAAUAUGAUGAUGAAACAGUGAAGUUAAAAACAUUAAUAGACCAAGCAGUUAUUAAAGGUCUAAUUCUUUAUCGAUUCAAAACCCAACCAACAAUCGAGAUUAAUCUAGCUAUUAUUGAUCCAAUUCUAUGGCAUGCAAAAAAUAUAAUCUCUGAUGAGAAUGAAGAGCUUAGUUGUAGGAAAAAUAUCUUAAUUGAUUUUAUAGAUAAGAAAGUCCUCAGAUCAGAGCUUUUCUAUACAACAUCCAAUUUUGGAAAAAUAUUGAGGCAUUUUAAUAGUUGCAUUCAGGCUCAUAAACUAAUUAUUAUGAAUAAAACAGAUAUGUCUAGUAGAAAUUGGAAUAAGUAUAAUGAUCAUCUUAAAUCACUUAUCACAGAAGAUUAUUUAACAGUUGAACACAAAGGUAUCAAACCAAAAGUCAUAAAAGAUUAUACUGGAUUUAUAGUAUUAAGUAACAUGGCAUAUUUUAAGAAUUUGGCCAAAGUACUCGAGCACCCUAAUGCACCAAAUGAAUAUCAUACUUGGUGUAAAAGAAAUUAUAAAAAUCCAUUUACUAAUAAAAAAUUUGAAAAAACUUCUCCAACAAUUGGCAUCGAUAUCGAAGAAUUUUCUGAUACACCUCAAUCUGAGAUAUCCUCCAAUGCGUCUACAGAUAUCUCUGCAUUCAAUUUUACUAAUACAUCUAUAUCUCCCGAAGUCAUAGAUGAUAAAUCUAAAUAUUCUGAAAUCUUUCCUAACUCAUCUGUAAACAAUGCUGUAAACAAUGAACCAAAAACCAAUAAAAUUGAUUUCAAAGCAUUCUGUGAUAGAAUGCAGACUGAUAUGAGAAUAUGUAGUUUUGCAAAGGAGGCUGAAGAAGACUCUAGUGAAUAUAUGGAUAUAACAGUGCAAGAAAGAUUAAAAAGAAUGGAAAAAAUAGUUAACAUACUUCAAGAAAAUGCCAAACUUAGCAAUUAUGCUGAAGAAUUAGUUAAAUAUUUGAAAGAUGUGAAGGCCUAUAAUCAUGCACAAAAUUGGAUUCAGAAAUUAGGAUUUAGUAAAAAUCAAACAUAUGCUUUAAUUCCUAUUCAAACUUCUGGAAAACACAUUACAGAUUGA